AACCUCACCACAGCCCUUACAGGGGAAGGCAUCGUCGGCCUCCAUAGGGGUCUCCAGAUACUCGUCCACUAUUGUUGAAGACAUGGUGGGCUAGAGAUGAAGAGAGGAAUUCGAAAAGGGUGAGAUAUGGUGCAGGAUAAGAUAUGUCGAGGCGUCGAUAUAUAUGUAUUUAUAUCUAUACGCAUAUGCAUGUAUAUAGCUUUGCAGCCGGUGCGGUGUCCGAUAUCUCGUCAGCAAGCCCUGGGGAGCUGGUUCGUUGGAUGAGGCGGGCAGGGUUGAGCUAUGGCCUGUGUAGGGCAGUCAUGGACGGCGAUGCAGAGCAAGCAAGCCGUUCGAGUCGUUAUGCUCAGUCUCGAGGCAGCCGCAGAGCAGCGAGAGUCUGGCGCAGGUGCUCGCGCAGCAAAGGAGGCUUCUGGCGAAGUCGGGCCAAGUUGCGGACGGCUGGGGCCGGUGCUACACAAAGCAAUGCAGCGGUCGUUGCUCCAAGACAAGGGGGCCACGAGUCGAGUCGAGUCGGGUCGAGCGCAAGGCACCACGGCGGGAGCAGCGAAGCGUCUGAUGUCGAGUCGACGGCGCAACAAGAGGAUCGAUCGAGAGGAGAAAAUGGCGGAGGAGAAAAUGGCAACGAGCUGGAGAUGGGGAGUGGGAGAGAAGGCGGCCAAAAUGCCUGUAGAAGCAGGUACCAGGGACUGGCCACGCCAAAGGAGCCCCCCCAUGGUCCCCUAAAACAGGCACGGCGAGCACGCUGACAGGGAGCUGCCGGUACAAGUUUGCGCCGCUGCGUGUUAGGCUGCGAGGUACCUAAAUUUAGCUGGUGCAGAUUCAAGACCAAAGGGCUCUUUAGCACGCUGUUAGCGUCAAGCCGGAUGAUGCACUUUGCUAGGCGGCUUGAAGAAGACUGUAGAUUUGUGGUGAUGCUGCGAGGCGAAAAAAAGAGCGGUAUUACGCGAGAAGUUUGUUUUCGUGUUCUUUGUUUUUGAGGUUUG